CCAUGCAGGAAUUGAGAAGUAUUCUUGGAGUUAAGCCUGUAGCAGAAGCGCAAGAAUGGACAGAAAGCAUGGAAAAUACGUAGUAAAUGUUGAAUACUCUGAAAACCAGUCUCCAGUCACAUGUUCAGGUGAUCAAGAGGCUCACAGCUCUGCCUGCUGGCAUCGACCUUCAAAUGGCACAACUGGUCACGUCUCUUCCAACUUAACUGGGGUCUGUGUGAGCCCAGGAGUCCUCGCACACUCAAGAUACCCACACACAGAAUUAUCUAAUACACAGGUAAAAGGAAAUUGCUGUAAUAAUUGGUCUCUGUGGAAAGUCUUUUUGGCUUGUCUCUUAGCCUCCUUGAUAACCACAGCAAUUGGAGUACUCAUAAUAUGCCUGGUGAACAAUAGAGGAAAUGAUAAUUCUCCCGUUACUAGCCAGACACCCUCAAAUAAUGACAUUUCUGGAAUGACAUCUACUACUUCUAAAUCUGCAGUAACCAGCGCUUCAACUGAACCCACAACUAAAACCACUUCCACAGGGUCUACAAUCACUGCAACGUCCACUGAACCUACAAUGCCAGCAGCCCCCACCAUCACUUCAACAGGACCUACAACCCCAGCAGCCCCCACCAUCACUUCAUCAGGACCUGCAACCCCAACAGCCCCCACCAUCACUUCAUCAGGACCUGCAACCCCAACAGCCCCCACCAUCACUUCAUCAGGACCUGCAACCCCAACAGCCCCCACCAUCACUUCAUCAGGACCUGCAACCCCAACAGCCCCCACCAUCACUUCAUCAGGACCUGCAACCCCAACAGCCCCCACCAUCACUUCAUCAGGACCUGCAACCCCAACAGCCCCCACCAUCACUUCAUCAGGACCUGCAACCCCAACAGCCCCCACCAUCACUUCAUCAGGACCUGCAACCCCAACAGCCCCCACCAUCACUUCAUCAGGACCUGCAACCCCAACAGCCCCCACCAUCACUUCAUCAGGACCUGCAACCCCAACAGCCCCCACCAUCACUUCAUCAGGACCUGCAACCCCAACAGCCCCCACCAUCACUUCAUCAGGACCUGCAACCCCAACAGCCCCCACCAUCACUUCAUCAGGACCUGCAACCCCAACAGCCCCCACCAUCACUUCAUCAGGACCUGCAACCCCAACAGCCCCCACCAUCACUUCAUCAGGACCUGCAACCCCAACAGCCCCCACCAUCACUUCAUCAGGACCUGCAACCCCAACAGCCCCCACCAUCACUUCAUCAGGACCUGCAACCCCAACAGCCCCCACCAUCACUUCAUCAGGACCUGCAACCCCAACAGCCCCCACCAUCACUUCAUCAGGACCUGCAACCCCAACAGCCCCCACCAUCACUUCAUCAGGACCUGCAACCCCAACAGCCCCCACCAUCACUUCAUCAGGACCUGCAACCCCAACAGCCCCCACCAUCACUUCAUCAGGACCUGCAACCUCAACAGCCCCCACCAUCACUUCAACAGGACCUACAACCCCAGCAGCCCCCACCAUCACUUAAAUAGGACCUACAACCCCAGCAGCCCCCACCAUCACUUCAUCAGGACCUACAACCCCAGCAGCCCCCACCAUCACUUCAACAGGAUCUGCAACCUCAACAGCCCCCACCAUCACUUCAACAGGACCUACAACCCCAGCAGCCCUACCAUCACUUCAACGGGACCAACAGCCACCACCAUCAUUUCAAUAGGACCUACAACCCCAGCAGUCCUACCAUCACUUCAACAGGACCAACAGCCACCACCAUCACUUCAACUGAACAUAAAAUCACAAAAGCUACAACCACUGCUUCAAGUGAAACCACAUCUGACCCCCUUUAACAGAAUACAACUGUUGCAACUUCAGUAACAAUAAAUGCCAUUAUAACUUAAUCUUAGUGGACAUCCAAAACAGUUACCACAUCUACCAUCUCUUCGACCGAAGCCACAGCUUGACUUACUUCAUUUGAAUCUACAACUACCACCACUACACUUAACCUACAACUAUUGUAACUUCCACGUAGUUUAGAGUAACAGUGGUCAUAGAGUAACAGUGGUCAUUGCUCUCCUUCAGCCAUCUGUAAUUUCCAGCUAUUCAUCUAAACUACAAACACCACCAUUCUCACUUUAAUAGAAUUACCAUCAGUUGUCACAAUGUUCUCUUCUAUAGCAAGUUAUGCUUUAGUUAUGAUCACUACAAUCUAGCCUACAACCAUCCUCCUCCACUGGCUCUGCCCCCUAACUGUAGCUGCCUCUUCUCCAGUACCUGCUGAGUCUGUAUCUACCACCAUCACUACGUUAUACUUGCAGCAGCUACCGUGGUGCCCCUUGAAGAACGGUAACUUAGAAAAUGAGCAAUGGAAUAAUUAUCUGAAUUGUCACCAGAUCAAUACUUAGGCAUUCCAAAAGUCUUAAUACUGAUUUUAUUUUUAAGAAGUUGAACAUUUAUGCCAUACAGAUCUGCUUUUGUUUCUGUAUUUCAAAAUAAUAUAAUUUCAUAUA